GGCGGCUACCACCCGGUGCAGGUGGGGGAGCAGUUCAACAGCGGGCGCUACACGGUGCUGCACUAUCUAGGCCAGGGCCACUACAGCACGGUGUGGAUGGUGCAUGACACGCUCACGCAGCAGCAGGUGGCGAUGAAGGUGGUGCGCAGCGCGGAGAACUACACCGAGGCGGCGCGGGACGAGGUCACGCUGCUGACCCAGAUCCGCGACAACGACCCCGACGGAGCCAACCACUGCGUGCGCCUGCUGGACCAGUUUGAGCACACGGGGCCGCACGGGCGCCACGUGUGCGAGGUGUUUGAGGCCAUGGGCGACGACCUGCUCACGCUCAUCAGGGCGUACGAACACCGCGGCAUCCCGCUGCACAUUGUGCGCCACCUGACGCGCCAGACCCUGGUGGCCCUGGACUACCUGCACAUCAAGUGCCAGAUUGUGCACACGGACCUGAAGCCCGAGAAUGUGAUGCUGACCGAGUCGGUGCAGCCGCGCGGCACCCCCAACAGCAGCCUGCUCAAGGUGGGCGGGCGGCGCCUGGGAUUGGGAUGGCAGGCCAGGGAAGGGCAGUGCUCCUGUCAGCCGCUGCAGCGCGGUGCUGGGGCGCGCGUGGCACCGCACUAUGCCGCCUUUCCCUGCCCAACCCACGCGUGGCGCCGCACGCCUGUGUUGUGCCCCACCCACCCCUCCCCUCCCCGCCCGCUCCCCCUGUGCUGGCGCCAGGUGGACAAGGAGGAGCUGGAGCCGCGGCUGCUGCGCAUGGGCUGCAAGAUUGUGGACUUUGGCAACGCCUGCUGGACAGACCGCCAGUUCUCGCAGAACAUCCAGACGCGGCAGUACCGCGCGCCAGAGGUCAUCCUGGGCGCCGGCUACGACGACUCUGCCGACAUCUGGAGCCUGGCCUGCAUGGUGUUUGAGCUGGUCACGGGCGACUUUCUGUUCCAGCCCAACGCGCGCGGGCAGUACAGCAAGGACGAGGACCACCUGGCUCAGAUGAUUGAGCUGCUGGGCGCGAUGCCGGCCGAGGUGGCGGGCGCCGGCAAGCACUCUGCCGAGUUCUUCACCUCUGGCGGCGCGCUGCGCAACAUCGACGAGCUCAACCUGUGGCCGCUGGAGCAGGUGCUGCAGGAGAAGUACUUCCUGCCCGCAGCAGAGGCCCAGCAGCUCCGCGACUUCCUGCUGCCCAUGCUGCACUUUGACCCCGCCAAGCGCGCCUCGGCGGCAGACAUGCUGCGCCACCCGUGGCUG